UGCUGUCCCGGCGGGAGCUGAGGCGCGGAGCGGCGCCUCUGCCGUGUCUGUCCUCGUUUUCUCUCACGACUCGCACUCCGAGCUCCACACCCCAGGAGUCCGCGUUCGCCGCGCGGCGGUCGGGAGGCGGCGGCCCGCGUUCGUUCGGCGCGGGCCCGGGGCGAUGGCGGCGCGGGGGUCGGGGUCCCGCGCGCUCCGCCUGCUGCUGCUGGUCCAGCUGGUCGCAGGGCGCUGCGGGCGGGCGGGCGCGGCGGGCGGCGCGCGGGGAGGAUCAUCUGAACCUUCUUCUAUUGCAAAACAUGAAGAUAGUUUGCUUAAGGAUUUAUUUCAAAGCUAUGAAAGAUGGGUUCGUCCUGUGGAACACCUGAAUGACAAAAUAAAAAUAAAGUUUGGACUUGCAAUAUCUCAAUUGGUGGAUGUGGAUGAGAAAAAUCAGUUAAUGACAACAAAUGUCUGGUUGAAACAGGAAUGGAUAGAUGUAAAAUUAAGAUGGAACCCUGAGGACUAUGGUGGAAUAAAAGUUAUACGUGUCCCUUCAGACUCUGUCUGGACACCCGACAUCGUUUUGUUUGAUAACGCAGACGGACGUUUUGAAGGGACCAGUACGAAAACAGUCAUCAGGUACAAUGGCACUGUCACCUGGACUCCACCAGCAAACUACAAAAGUUCCUGUACCAUCGAUGUCACGUUUUUCCCAUUUGACCUUCAGAACUGCUCCAUGAAAUUUGGCUCUUGGACUUACGAUGGAUCGCAGGUUGAUAUAAUUCUAGAGGACCAAGAUGUAGACAAGAGAGAUUUUUUUGAUAAUGGAGAAUGGGAGAUUGUGAGCGCCACGGGGAGCAAAGGGAACCGAACCGACAGCUGUUGUUGGUAUCCGCACGUCACGUACUCAUUCGUAAUCAAGCGCCUGCCUCUCUUUUAUACCUUGUUUCUUAUCAUACCCUGUAUCGGGCUCUCAUUUUUAACUGUGCUUGUCUUCUAUCUUCCUUCAAAUGAAGGUGAAAAGAUUUGUCUCUGCACGUCCGUUCUUGUCUCUUUGACUGUCUUCCUGCUGGUUAUUGAAGAGAUCAUACCCUCAUCUUCAAAAGUCAUACCUCUGAUUGGAGAGUAUCUGGUAUUUACCAUGAUUUUUGUGACACUGUCAAUUAUGGUGACCGUCUUCGCUAUCAACAUUCAUCACCGUUCUUCCUCCACACAUAACGCCAUGGCACCUUGGGUGCGCAAGAUAUUUCUUCACAAGCUUCCCAAACUGCUUUGCAUGCGAAGUCAUGCGGAUAGGUACUUCACUCCGAAGGAGCAAACUGGGAGUGGUGGUGGACCAGAAUCUUCUAGAAACACAAUGGAAGCUGCACUCGAUUCUAUUCGCUACAUUACAAGACACAUCGUGAAGGAAAAUGCUGUCCGUGAGGUUGUGGAAGAUUGGAAAUUCAUAGCCCAGGUUCUUGAUCGGAUGUUUCUGUGGACUUUUCUUUUCGUUUCAGUCGUUGGAUCUCUCGGGCUUUUUGCUCCUGUAAUUUAUAAAUGGGCAAAUAUAAUAAUACCAGUUCAUAUUGGAAAUGCAAAUAAGUGAAGCCUCCCAAGGGACUGAAGUAUACAUUUAGUUAACACACAUAUAUCUUCAUGCAUCUACAAAAUGAUGAAAAUGUAAGUUAUGUGUUAAAUAUGAUGCCAGCUUCAACAGAUUAAUAGUUGCUAACCUCAAUAUGCGUUAAUAGAUGAUCCAUUGGAACGGUUGCCUGUAUGAAUGAAUAACUGAUGAGAUAACAUUUGAUCUUCUAAAAAUAGCAGCAAAAUAUUAUCCAGACUGUCCUAGUGAAAAAUCUAGUAUUUGUACCCUGGCGAAGAACACUAAUUUAUAAUCAACAGUAAAGCUCAUCCUUUGACUGGCUGGAAAAUUCCAGUUGUAUUUGAAGACUGAUUUUAAAACGUUUCUGCAUUUGGUAAACGUACAUACACUUCCCUGUACUCACUGAGUAACAGCUAAUCUUUAAUAUUAUACUGCUAUAUUUAAAAAGCUGACUGCUUGAUAUAAUUACUUAAUGUGAUGCAGCUUUUCCAUAACAAACAUUUUUAAAAUAAAUGAAAAACAGGAACUGGGAACUCCCUUAAGGCUUGCUUAAUUCUUUAGAUCCUUAAACUGAAUAAUUAUUGUGUUAACUAUUUUUGUAGCUUGCCUUCCACUGUGAAGUCAUACAUUAGCAACUCCUGUGGACACCCAGUAGCAUAUCCUUAACAUUAAUUUAAACCCUUUUAUCCACAUUUUGCACGAUUAAUAGAACCAUCUUCCAUGUAAACUGUGGUGGUAUCUCUUUAUCCAUGAUCUUAGAACAGUCAGUGCGCUACAAUUACAUGAACCCAUUUAGAAAAACAUAUUUAGGGCUGGGCACAAUGGCUCACACCUGUAAUACCAGCACUUUGGAAAGCCGAGGCAGAUGGAUCACCUGAGGUUAGGUGUUCGAGACCGGCCUGGCCAACAUGGUGAAACCCCAUUUCUACUAAAAAUAUAAAAAAUUAGCCAGGUGUGGUAUCAGGUGCCUGUAGUCCCAGCUACUCAGGAGACUGAGGCAGGAGCAUCGCUGGAACUCAGGAGGCGGAGGUUGCAGUGAGCUGAGAUUGCACCAUUGUACUCCAGCCUGGGCAACAAGAGUGAAACGCCAUCUCAAAAAAUAAAAUCAAUAAAAAAACAUAUUCAGGUUUAAAGGAUUCCGUGAGAAAAUAAUCUUCCAGGAUUGAAGACGGUAUUCCAAUCGGCAGCUAACGCUCUUUGGAAGGCAGAGGAGACCUUGUCUAAUUUGCAUUUUAUUGUAGGCAGGUGUUUAAUGCCAUUUACUGAGUGAAAGCCUAGUGUGAUGAAUUUAAAUUGCUAGCUACCUUAGCUUGCAUACAUCCCUGAUCCUUCUUACACUCCCAUUGCUGUUACUUCAGAUUUUUAUACAUAAAUAAAUUUUUUUUGA